AGUGCAGAACAGAUCGCCGCGCUGUGUAGGGGUUUCGGCGACACGCAGAGCGACGGCAUGGAGGGGCCUCGGGGGCCUCGGGACCCACCUCCGCGGCCGCUGGCUCGCCACCUCUCCGAUGCAGACCGCCUCCGAAAAGUCAUCCAGGAGCUGAUGGACACGGAGAAGUCCUACGUGAAGGAUCUGAGCUGCCUCUUUGAAUUAUACUUGGAGCCACUUCAAAAUGAGACCUUUCUCACCCAAGAUGAGAUGGAGUCCCUUUUUGGAAGUUUGCCAGAGAUGCUUGAAUUUCAAAAGGUGUUUCUGGAGACUCUGGAGGAUGGGAUUUCAGCAUCCUCAGACUUUAGCAGCCUUGAGACUCCCUCACAGUUCAGAAAAUUGCUGUUUUCCCUUGGAGGCUCUUUCCUUUAUUACGCGGACCAUUUUAAACUCUACAGCGGAUUCUGUGCUAAUCAUAUUAAAGUACAGAAGGUUCUAGAGCGAGCUAAAACCGAUAAAGCCUUCAAGGCUUUUCUGGAUGCCCGGAAUCCCACCAAGCAGCAUUCCUCCACCCUGGAGUCCUACCUCAUCAAGCCGGUUCAGAGGGUGCUCAAGUACCCUCUGCUGCUCAAGGAGCUUGUGUCACUGACAGACCAGGAGAGCGAGGAGCACUACCACCUGACAGAGGCACUAAAGGCAAUGGAAAAAGUAGCCAGCCACAUCAAUGAGAUGCAAAAGAUCUACGAGGAUUACGGGACCGUGUUCGACCAGCUGGUGGCAGAGCAGAGUGGAACAGAGAAGGAGGUAACAGAACUUUCCAUGGGGGAGCUUCUGAUGCACUCUGCAGUUUCCUGGUUGAAUCCAUUUCUGUCUCUAGGAAAAGCCAGAAAGGACCUUGAACUCACGGUGUUUGUUUUUAAGAGAGCUGUCAUACUGGUUUAUAAAGAAAACUGCAAACUGAAAAAGAAAUUGCCCUCAAAUUCCCGGCCUGCACACGGCUCUGCCGACUUGGACCCAUUUAAAUUUCGCUGGUUGAUCCCCAUAUCCGCACUUCAAGUCAGACUGGGGAAUACAGCAGGGACAGAAAAUAAUUCCGUCUGGGAACUGAUCCAUACGAAGUCGGAAAUAGAAGGACGGCCGGAAACCAUCUUCCAGCUGUGCUGCAGUGACAGUGAGAGCAAAACCAACAUCGUCAAGGUGAUUCGAUCUAUUCUGAGGGAGAACUUCAGGCGUCACAUCAAGUGUGAAUUACCCCUGGAGAAGACCUGUAAGGAUCGCCUGGUACCCCUUAAGAACCGAGUUCCUGUUUCAGCCAAGUUAGGUGAGAAUUUUGCUGGCCUUGUGUUUAUUCAGGAAAACACAAACUUCUCUGUAAGGAUAUAUGUUUUUGUAAUACAGCAGUGAGUCAUCACUUUGUAAAGUACCAGGGGGAGCUC